UCCAUCCCUGCGGCCGAGGGCGGGGCCCGCGCUGUCCAGCGGCCGCGGCUCCAUGGGGCUCUUGGGGCUGCUAAGCCUCCUGCACUCGGCCUUCUUCGGGGAGCAGGCACUGCAGGAGUUGAAGAUUACCAGCUCCAUGGCUUCAUACGAGCAGCUGGUGAGGCAGGUGGAGGCCUUGAAGGCCGAGAACACACACUUAAGGCAGGAACUGAGGGAUAACUCCAGUCACCUCUCCAAGCUGGAGACAGAGACUUCGGGCAUGAAGGAGGUUCUGAAACACCUUCAGGGCAAGCUGGAGCAGGAGGCGCGGGUCCUGGUGUCCUCCGGGCAGACCGAAGUGUUAGAACAACUGAAAGCUCUUCAGACUGACAUCAGUAGCCUCUACAACCUAAAGUUCCAGCCCCCGGCCCUGGGCCCGGAGCCUGCCGCCCGGACCCCAGAGGGAAGCCCAGUGCAUGGCUCUGGCCCGUCCAAGGACAGUUUCGGGGAGCUGAGCCGGGCCACCAUCCGCCUGCUCGAAGAACUGGACCAGGAGCGAUGCUUCCUGCUGAGCGAGAUCGAGAAAGAGGAGAAGGAGAAGCUCUGGUAUUACUCUCAGCUGCAGGGCCUGUCCAAGCGCUUGGAUGAGCUGCCACACGUUGACACGUUCUCGAUGCAGAUGGAUCUGAUCCGGCAGCAGCUGGAGUUCGAGGCCCAGCACAUCCGCUCGCUGAUGGAGGAGCGCUUCGGCACCUCGGACGAGAUGGUGCAGCGCGCGCAGAUCCGCGCUUCGCGCCUGGAGCAGAUUGACAAGGAGCUGUUGGAGGCCCAGGACCGGGUGCAGCAGACGGAGCCCCAGGCUCUGCUGGCAGUGAAGCCCGUGGCAGUGGAGGAGGAGCAGGAGCCGGAAGUUCCCCCGAACCCUGAGGAUGGCACCCCUCAGCCCGGCAACAGCAAGGUGGAGGUGGUCUUCUGGCUCCUGUCCAUGUUGGCAACGCGCGACCAGGAAGACACAGCGCGCACGCUCCUGGCCAUGUCCAGCUCUCCCGAGAGCUGCGUAGCCAUGCGCCGCUCGGGCUGUCUCCCGCUGUUGCUCCAGAUCCUUCACGGCGCCGAGGCCGGGGCUGGGGGGCGUGCGGGGACCCCUGGGGCCCCUGGGGCCAAAGACGCACGCAUGCGCGCCAACGCGGCGCUGCACAACAUCGUUUUCUCCCAGCCGGAUCAGGGCCUGGCGCGCAAGGAGAUGCGUGUGCUGCACGUGCUGGAGCAGAUCCGAGCCUACUGUGAGACCUGCUGGGACUGGCUGCAGGCGCGCGACGGCGGGACCGAGGGGGGUGCAGGAGGCGCCCCUGUCCCCAUCGAGCCUCAGAUCUGCCAGGCUACCUGUGCCGUGAUGAAGCUCUCCUUUGACGAGGAAUACCGUCGGGCUAUGAACGAACUAGGGGGGCUCCAAGCUGUGGCAGAGCUCCUGCAAGUGGAUUAUGAGAUGCACAAAAUGACCCGGGAUCCGCUCAACCUUGCCCUGCGCCGAUACGCUGGCAUGACCCUCACCAACCUCACCUUUGGAGAUGUUGCCAACAAGGCCACCCUGUGUGCCCGCCGAGGCUGCAUGGAAGCCAUCGUGGCCCAGCUGGCCUCUGAGAGCGAGGAGCUGCAUCAGGUCGUGUCCAGUAUCCUGCGGAAUCUGUCGUGGCGUGCGGACAUCAGCAGCAAGAAGGUGCUGAGGGAAGUCGGCAGCAUGACCGCCCUCAUGGAGUGUGUGCUGCGGGCCUCCAAGGAGUCCACCCUGAAGAGCGUGCUCAGUGCUCUGUGGAACCUGUCUGCACACAGCACAGAGAACAAGGCGGCCAUUUGCCAGGUCGAUGGUGCACUGGGUUUCCUGGUGAGCACACUCACCUAUCGCUGCCAAGGGAACUCCCUGGCUGUCAUCGAGAGCGGGGGUGGGAUCCUGCGCAACGUGUCAAGCCUCAUCGCCACCCGAGAAGACUACAGGCAGGUGCUCCGUGACCACAACUGCCUGCAAACGCUGCUGCAGCACCUCACGUCCCACAGCCUGACCAUCGUGAGCAAUGCCUGUGGCACACUCUGGAACCUGUCCGCCCGCAGCCCCCGGGACCAGGAACUGCUGUGGGACCUGGGGGCUGUGGGCAUGCUGCGCAACCUCGUCCACUCCAAACACAAGAUGAUCGCCAUGGGUAGCGCAGCUGCCCUGCGGAACCUGCUGGCCCACCGACCUGCCAAGUACCAGGCAGCGGCCACGGCCAUCUCCCCGGGCACCUGCGUGCCCAGCCUGUACGUCCGAAAGCAGAAGGCUCUGGAAGCUGAGUUGGACACCCGGCGCCUGGCGCAUGCGCUCGGCCACCUGGAGAAGCAGGGUCUGCCUGAGGCCGAGAGCACUUCAAAGAAGCCCCUGCCGCCCCUCCGCCACCUAGACGGGCUGGUGCAGGACUACGCCUCUGACUCUGGCUGCUUUGACGAUGAUGAUGCACCAUCCCUGGCUGCCGCAGCCACCACAGCUGAGCCUGCCAGCCCCGCAGUACUGUCUAUGUUCCUUGGCGGUCCCUUUCUUCAGGGCCAGGCACUGGCCCGCACCCAGCCUGCCCGCCAGGGUGGCCUAGAACCCGAGAAGGAGGCUGGCGGGGAGGCGGCUGUGGCUGCCAAAGCUAAAGCCAAGCUGGCGCUGGCCGUAGCUCGGAUCGACCGGCUGGUGGAGGACAUCUCUGCCCUGCACACUUCCUCGGACGACAGCUUCAGCCUCAGCUCGGGGGACCCCGGGCAGGAGGCACCAAGGGAGGGUCGUGCCCAGUCCUGCUCUCCCUGCCGAGGCACCGAGGGUGGGCGGCGUGAGGCCAGCAGCCGGGCACACCCUCUGCUGAGGCUCAAGGCAGCGCACACCAGCCUCUCUAACGACAGCCUGAACAGUGGAAGCACAAGUGACGGCUACUGUCCCCGGGAACACAUGCAGCCCUGCCCCCUGGCUGCAUUGGCAGAGCACCGUGAUGACCCUUUGCGCGGGCAGACUCGGCCCAGCCGGCUGGACCUGGACCUGCCCAGCCGGGCUGAACUGCCUGCCCGGGACACGGCAGCCGCCGCCGAUGCCCGCGUGCGUACCAUCAAGCUAUCCCCAACCUAUCAGCAUGUGCCACUGCUCGAUGGUGCCACUGGGGCGGGUGUCAGACCCCUCGCUGGACCCGGAGCCUCCCCAGGGGCUCGGAAACAGGCGUGGAUACCUGCAGAUAGCCUGAGCAAAGUCCCCGAGAAACUGGUGUCCUCCCCGCUGCCUGCAGCCGCUAGCAAGGUGCUGCAGAAACUCGUGGCCCAAGAUGGGGCGAUGUCCCUCUCCCGGUGCAGUUCACUGUCGUCUCUGUCUUCCGCUGGCCAUGCUGGCCCUAGCCAGGCUGGGAACCUCGACGACGACAGUGAUUCAUCCCUGGAGGGGCUGGAGGAGGCUGGCCCCGGUGAGGCGGAGCUGGACGGGGCGUGGCGAGCAUCUGGGUCCACCUCUUUGCCCGUGUCCAUCCCAGCCCCGCACCGGGGCCGCAGUAGAGGUCUUGGGGUGGAGGAUGCAACGCCGUCCAGUUCUUCUGAGAACUGCAUCCAGGAGACGCCCUUGGUCCUGAGCCGCUGUAGCUCUGUGAGCUCUCUGGGCAGCUUCGAGAGCCGCUCCAUUGCCAGCUCCAUCCCCAGUGACCCGUGCAGUGGGCUGGGCAGUGGCACAGUGAGCCCCAGUGAGUUGCCCGACAGCCCCGGGCAGACGAUGCCCCCGAGCCGCAGCAAGACGCCGCCGGCGCCCCCCGGCCAGCCUGAGACCAGCCAGUUCAGCCUGCAGUGGGAGAGCUACGUGAAGCGCUUCCUCGACAUCGCAGAUUGUCGGGAGCGGCGCCAGCCGCCCUCGGAGCUGGACGCGGGCAGCGUGCGGUUCACAGUGGAGAAGCCGGAUGAGAACUUCUCCUGCGCCUCCAGCCUCAGCGCGCUGGCCCUGCACGAGCUGUACGUCCAGCAGGAUGUGGAGCUGCGACUGAGGCCCCCAGCCUGCCCAGAACGCGCAGGCGGGGGCGGCGGCGGCGGGGGACACCGUCGGAGGGAUGAGGCCCCCGGCCGCCUGGAGGGCCCAGCGCCGGCUGGUUCUAGGGCUCGGUCAGCAGCUGAUAAAGAACUGGAGGUACUGCGUGAAUGUCUGGGGGCAGCCAUGCCCGCCCGGCUCCGCAAGGUGGUCUCUGCGUUGGUGCCUGGCCGCCGGGCACUGCCGGUGCCCGUGUACAUGUUAGUGCCCGCCCCGGCUCCGGAUGAUGACUCUGGCACCGACUCUGAAGAGGGCACACCUGUCAACUUCUCCAGUGCGGCAUCGCUCAGUGAUGAGACCUUACAGGGACCCUCCAGGGACAAGCCCGGAGCGCCCGGAGAGAGGCAGAAACCCACAGGCCGAGCUGCCCCUGCCAGGCAGACCCGUGGGCACCGACCCAAGGCGGCAAGCGCUGGUAAGAGUACAGAGCAGACCCGGGGGGCCGGUAGGAGCCGGGCAGGACUGGAAUUACCCCUUAGCCGGCCCCAGAGUGCUCGAUCCAACAGGGAUGGCGCGUGCCAGACCCGGCCCCGAGGGGACGGCGCUCUGCAGUCGCUGUGCCUCACAACGCCCACGGAGGAAGCGGUGUAUUGCUUCUAUGACUCUGAGGAGGAGCCACCAGCCACGGCACCACCACCCCGGCUGCCGUCUGCCAUCCCGCGGGCUCUUAAGCGUGAGAAACCCACAGGAAGGAAGGAGAUCCCAUCCAGGGCGUCACAGACUGCCACGCCCCCCGUGAGGGCCCAGCCCAGACUGAUCGUGGAUGAGACCCCACCCUGCUACUCUUCAGCUAGCUCCCUGAGCGAGCCCGAGGCCCCUGAACAGCCGGCCAGUCACCCCCGAGGCCGGGAGCAGGCAACCACCAAGGACCCAGGCCCAGGCAGGAAGCAGGACAGCUCUCCAAGCCCCAGAGCAGAGGAGGAACUACUGCAGAGGUGUAUCAGCUUAGCUCUGCCCAGGCGCCGGACCCAGGUUCCUGGAUCUCGGCGUCGCAAGACCAGAGCUACCCGGGCCAACACGCGGCCCACGGAGGUACCCCGGAAAUGCCGCGAGGAGGCGCCUGGCUCUGAUCCAGCCUCCGACUUAGACAGUGUUGAGUGGCAGGCCAUCCAGGAGGGCGCGAACUCCAUCGUCACGUGGCUGCACCAGGCGGCAGCCAAGGCCAGCCUGGAGGCGUCUUCUGAGUCCGAGUCCCUCUUGUCUCUGGUGUCCGGGCUGUCAGCAGGGUCCACCACACAGCCCUCCAAACCCAGGAAAGCACGGAAGCCUGGGGCUGAGGCUGGGGGUGUCUGGCGCCCAGAGAAACGGGGUGCAACUUCCUCCAAGAUCAGUGGGAGUCCACGGUUCCCUAGUGGCCCCGAGAAGGCAAAGGGUACCCAGAAAACGGUGGCUGGGGAACCAGCCAUGCUCCGGGGACGGACGGUGAUCUACACAGCCAGCCCAGCCUCCCGGGCUCAGUCCAGAGGAGUUUCUGGCACUUGUACCACACCUAAGAAGACGGGGACAUCUGGUACUCCUCAGCCAGAAACCACCACCAAAACCCCCAGCCCUGGGCAACAGCGUUCACGGAGCCUCCACCGGCCAGGUAAGAUCUCGGAGCUAGCAGCCUUCAGUCAUCCGCCCAGGAGCGCCACCCCUCCAGCCCGCCUCGCCAAGACUCCAUCCUCAAGCUCCUCACAAACUUCGCCAGCGUCCCAGCCCCUGCCUAGGAGGUCCCCUCUGGCCACUCCGACUGCAGGGCCUCUGCCUGGCCCUGGAGGGUCCCCAGUGCCCAAAUCACCGGCCCGGGCCCUUCUGGCUAAGCAACACAAGACCCAGAAGUCACCUGUGCGGAUCCCGUUCAUGCAAAGGCCAGCCAAGAGAGGGCCACCGCCACUGGCCAGGCCGUCCCCAGAGUCUGGACCCAGGGGCAGAGCUGGGACUGAGGGGGCUGUGGGGGUGCGUGGUGGCCGCCCGGGCCUCGUGCGUAUGGCAUCAGCCCGCUCCAGUGGCAGUGAGUCCUCGGACCGCUCAGGCUUCCGCAGGCAGCUGACCUUCAUCAAGGAAUCCCCGGGUCUCCUUCGCCGCCGCCGGUCCGAGCUGUCCUCCGCGGACUCCACGGCCUCCACCUCCCAGGCCGCCUCGCCCCACCGUGGCCGGCCCGCACUCCCUGCUGUCUUCCUUUGCUCCUCUCGCUGUGAUGAGUUGCGAGCGUCCCCACGGCAGCCCCUGACACCACAGAGGUCCCCACAGGCCAAGCCAGGUCCUGCUCCGCGUGCGCCCAGGCGCACCAGCUCUGAGAGCCCCUCACGCCUGCCUGUGCGGGCGCCUCCCGGGCGGCCUGAGACAGUCAAGCGGUACGCCUCCCUGCCCCACAUCAGCGUUGCACGCAGGCCAGAGAGUGCCACCUCUGUGCCCACCACCCAUGCUAACACCACUCGCCGGGGGAGCGACGGGGAGACCAGGCCACUGCCCAGGGUGGCCGCGCCAGGUACCACCUGGCGUCGAAUCAAAGACGAAGAUGUCCCCCACAUCCUGCGUAGCACCCUGCCGGCCACUGCCCUGCCCCUCAGGGGUCCAUCACCCGAGGACAGCCCCGCUGGGACUCCACAACGCAAGACCAGUGACGCAGUGGUACAGACAGAGGAUGUGGCCACCUCUAAGACCAACUCCAGCACGUCACCCAGCCUGGAGAGCAGGGAUCCCCCACAGGCCCCGGCCAGCGGCCCCGUUGGUCCACUGGGCAGUGAUGUGGACGGGCCAGUCCUCACCAAGCCGUCUGGCGCCUCUGCGCCCUUCACCCAUGAGGGCCUGAGUGUCGUCACUGGAGGCUUUCCCACCAGCAGGCAUGGCUCCCCCAGCAGGGCUGCACGGGUCCCUCCCUUCAACUAUGUACCCAGCCCUAUGGCGGUGGCCACAGCUGCCAGCGACUCUGCAGUGGAGAAAGCCCCUGUCACCUCUCCAGCCAGCCUCCUGGAGUAGUGGGUGCAGGCCAGCCUUCUGGAACAUCCUCUCUGCCCUGUGGCCCAGUCUGGCUGCCCUGGGGGCUUGCUCUCCAGAUGCUCCGAGUAGGCACAUCUAUGCCCUGGGAGCUCCUGUUCAGCUCACAUCUCCACACCUCAGAGUCAGCCCUUGCCGCUACGCCUGGGGCUCCAGGGAACCGGCUACAGACAGGCCCCGGGGCGCACACAGCGCCAUUUCCUGAGUUUGGCCUGGGAAGGGGAUGGAGAGCCAGGCUCUGAGGGACACUGUAGGUCCAUGGAGGACCUGUCCUGGGCUGCACCCAGUGGGAGCGUGGGCACGGUCUCUAGGGAGGUGACUGAGCUUGCCUCCGAGGUGGGGACAGGCUGUGGGGAGGGUGGGGAGGCUAUGGCAGCUGGGGCUGCCUCAGCCCUACACCACAAAGCCUGUAAUUAGUGCCGGGCUAAUUGGUUAAUGAGGACUCUGCCAGGCGCGUUUGCCUUCUCAGAGGCAGCUGAGGAGCGCUGCGUAAGGGGCGUAGCCAAGCUGCUCACUGAGCGUUCAUCAUGGCCGCUGGGAGAUGGGUGAACGGUCCCCUCAGCACAGAUGCUGGGGAGCCGCUGACCCCACGUCCCCUCACUGUCGCAUAGGAGGGGCUCAGUUCAGAGGACAGGCUGGCUGUCAGCUGGACAGGCUCUAGGGGCCGAGGAAGGACGAGCAGGCUCGGGCAUCCCUGGGGAGGC